ACUGCCAUUGUUCCAUCACCGUCGCUCCGAAACCCUAAACCCUCAUUUCCUCCGGGAGCAGCUUACGUCAUCAACCGCUCUGGGCUACAUGGCUUGUAUGCGAAAUGGCAGAAAUGCCCUCCGUCAGAUCAUCAACAACGUCCAUUCUUCCGAGUCGGAGCGCAUGAUGAAUCCGCUGGUCUUCGCUUGCCAAGGAGUCCGGCAUAGAAAAUUGGAAGUGAUUUUGACGACGAAUGUAGAUAAGCUCGGCAAGGCCGGUGAGACUGUGAAGGUUGCGCCGGGGCAUUUUCGCAACCACUUGAUGCCGAAAUUGCUUGCUGUACCCAACAUUGACAAGUAUGCAUAUCUAAUCCGGCAGCAGCGAAAGAAUGCGCCGUUGGAAGAGGAGGAGGAGAAGGAGGAGGUUAAAGUGGUUACUGUGUCGGAGGAAGUUAAGAUGAAAGAGUAUGAAAAGGCAGCAAAGCGUCUGGAGAAUGCUCGUCUGGUGUUGCGGAGGGCCAUUAAUCUUGAAAGGUUCAGGACACGCGCAACAAAGGAGGAUCCUAUAGAAUUGCGAUCUGUUGUGACCAAGGAGGAUAUUGUGGCUGAGGUGGCAAGGCAGCUUUGUAUUGGCUUAGAACCUGACAAUGUGCAUCUACCAUCUCCAUUGUCAACCGUGGGAGAGUAUGAGGUACCACUGCGCCUUCCGAGAUCCAUCCCUUUGCCUGCAGGGAAGGUUCAGUGGACACUUAAUGUUAAAAUCCGAUGUGCAUAAGCAUUGGUCUUUUUCAACUCGGUUCUCUCAGAAUGUCUUCUUCUAGCUCACAGUUUUGGUUUUUGUAAUCUGAGAAUUGUUGUAGUGGCUGUUGUACUUUGGAAUCAAAAACAUCCCCAUAGUAGUAAAACCAUGUUGCUUCAAGGAUC